GACUCCAAACAUGAGAUUUGUUGACAAUAAGAAAAAUAUUAAAAUUUGCCAGCCUUAUCCAGUAAUGCAUAAAGCCUUUCAAGGUCUUGCUCUGUCUUACAUUAGUUCCCUUUUGAGUCCACAUGUAACUGUUCCUGACUCGAAGUCUUCAACGGCGGCCUUGCUUGGUUGUACCUGAGGACAGAGUUUGUUUGAGAGAAUCUACUUUUAUAAAAAAGCUUGUAUUGGGAGAUGGUUUUAUGUGCUUUAGUGUAUCUUAUUUCCUUCAUUCUUUGUAUUCUGUGUGUUUUUAUUAAUGCUUUUUCUUUUAUUUCACUAUGCUGACUCUGUGGUUGUUCUAAAUGAUUGCUUUUACUUGUGCAGCACUUUGUAACCUUGUAACCAGACAAAAGUUUGAGCUAAUAUUUGGAAAAAGCCACUAAUAAUCACGUGACUGUAAUUAUAUAUAGUCUGCAUCUGCAUCUGAUAAUGUAAAUAUCUGCUAUCUUACUUCUGAUAUCAUCCUUUCAGUUAUCAGUCAUAAGUUUGCAAGAGUCUGUUUCGUGCUCAGCCGACCGAUGCAACUGAUUAAAAAGGUAAAAAGACUGCAGUGCUAAUGGGCAGACAGACAGACAGACCGGGGACACGAUGAUCUAAUAAAUAAAAUGCCCUCCAACAAUCAGAUGGUGAGUUUUUGAAAAGUUGCUGUACCAGAGCCGGCGGCCUGGUCUGCUCCGUCCUCCUGCUGCGUCUCAUUAUCUGAACUGUGGAGCUCAUUUCCUCACAAGAACGCAGUGUAACAAGGCUGAGAAGAGCUCCCACCUCUUCCUCAAGGAAAUCCAGGGAGAAGAAUGGAAACUGACACCAGUGACAGCGACGGAGGAUAAUAAUGAUGGAGGACAGAGUGAUUCGUCCCUAGCCGGAGCUACAGCAUUCCUCAACUGGCCCUCUGCUGCGCAGCUCUGCUCCCUGAAGGAUACAUCGACCUUGACAUAUCACAGCGUGCAUGACAACCUGGCACGGACUGAACUGAAAGGUUGUCUCUCUUUGCCAAGAGUUGGAAGACAACAGGGCCAAAGCUUUGGGGACCAGGCGUCAGCAGAAAUCUACUCUGUCUUGCUGCAGUAACAAAUUAGCUUUUAUUUGUGAAGUUAACAGUGCUAACAGCUGACUCCAUAAGGGCCAAUUACUGGCUGAAGGGAAUAUGGAGGCCAAGAUGAAGGAGACAGCAGUUGUGGCUUGUUUGCUGGCUGAGCUGUCUCUGGCUGCUUUUGUUCUGGCCUCUGAGGGGGCUGCUCAUUGCCCCGCAUUGUGUCGAUGUGAGAUACGAUCCUGGUUCUCACCCAGCUCUAUUUACACUGAGGCUGCCACUGUGGACUGUAAUGACCUGGGCCUCUCAGCGCUACCGGAGAGACUCCCUAUAGAAACACAGGUACUGCUGCUACAGACAAACAACAUUGUUAAUGUGGAGAAAACUUUGGAUUACUUGGCCAACCUUACUGAAAUCGACUUGUCUCAGAAUAACAUUUCCUCAGUGAGCGAUGUUUGUGUGGGGUCUCUCCCCCAGCUGCUGUCACUCCACAUGGAGGAGAACUGGAUUCAGGAGCUUUCUGACAGCUGCCUCGCUUCCUUGCCCAACCUCCAGGAGUUCUACAUCAACCACAACCUGAUUUUCUCCAUCAGCCCCGGGGCCUUCCAGGGUCUGAGCAGGCUGCUGAGGCUCCAUCUCAAUUCCAAUCGACUGACAAGUAUCAACAGCCAGUGGUUCCAGCCUCUCCCCAACCUGGAGAUAUUGAUGCUGGGAGAAAACCCCAUAUUGGAGCUGUCAGACAUGAGCUUUCAACCUCUGACUAACCUCCGCAGCCUUGUGCUCGCUAGGAUGAAUCUUACCGAAAUCCCUGAUAAUGCUCUGGUUGGUCUUGAGAACUUGGAGAGCAUCUCUUUUUUUGACAACCUGCUCAAUCGAGUACCCAGACUGGCACUGACGAGAGUCCAGAACCUGAAGUUUCUGGAUUUGAAUAAGAACCCCAUUGAGAGGAUCCAGAGAGGUGACUUCAUGGACAUGAUGCAUCUCAAGGAGCUCGGCAUCAACAGCAUGCCUGAGCUCGUGUCGGUUGACAGUUUUGCCUUAAACAAUCUGCCCGAGCUGACAAAAAUCGAGGCCACCAACAAUCCCAGGCUGUCCUACAUCCACCCCAGGGCCUUCCACAAGCUCCCCAGGCUGGAGACGCUGAUGCUGAACAGCAACGCUCUGAGUGCGCUUCACCGUAGCACCGUGGAUUCCCUGCCCAACUUGCGCGAAGUCAGCCUGCACAGCAACCCCAUCCGUUGCGACUGUGUCAUCCGCUGGGUCAACAUGAACAGGACGGCUGUUCGCUUCAUGGAACCAGACUCCCUUUUCUGCAUGGAGCCUCCGGAGUACCAAGGCCAGCACGUCCGACAGGUGCACUUCAGGGAGAUGACAGAGAUCUGCCUUCCGUUGAUCUCACCCGGGAGCCUCCCGGAGCGCGUCGAGGUCGGGAAAGGGAGCUCGGUGUCGCUGCACUGCCGGGCGUUUGGAGAACCAGAACCUGAGAUCUACUGGGUGACGCCUUCAGGCGACAAGGUCCUACCUGGCAGCGUGUCCGACAAGUACUACAUGCACCCAGAAGGAACCUUCGACAUCUAUGACGCCACCGAGCAGGAGGCCGGCUCAUACACCUGCAUCGCCCACAAUCUUGUCGGGGCAGAUCUCAAGUCUGUCAUGGUUGCGGUGGAUGGAUACAUCGCCCAGUUCACAAAUCAACCUUUACAUGUAUAUAUCACAUCUGUCCAGUCUCAUUCUGUUGUGGUUUCCUGGGAAAGCACAGGUGGUUUGGUGUCGCAACUAAAUUGGUCCAUUUUAUCCGACGGCAGCCUCCUCUCGAUGCCAUUCACAGCCAGGCUUCCCGCUGAUGUCAAAGAGUACUGCAUCAAACAGCUGAAGGUGUCCACUCGUUACCAGGUUUGUGUUGAGGUCACUGCAGCUCAGUCUGGAUACAGCAGGGACUGUGUCAAUGUGACCACAAAGAAGGCAGCGGUCCCGAAGGAGAAAAAUGAGAACUGGGACAGUGUGGUGAUGGCUUCUUGUGCUGUGUUUUUUGUUGUGGUUGCUGUGACUUGCUCUGUCAUCUAUACGUCUCUGUACAGCCAGGUGUUUUACACAAAACUGAUAGCGGACCCGGCGGAUACGCUGUUGAUUCCCAGCACUCAUUCCUCCUCUUCUUCUUUCCUGGAAUUUGGUGUGUCUGGGGUAAAGGUGAGGGCAACUGUAAUAAACUUACCAGACGAAUCCAUAUAAGAAAUGCCCUUGUCUGUAAAGGCACUUUGGGAUUAAUAGAAGAUGAAGAGUGAUGGACACUGGACAAUGUAAUUUAUGUGCCCUCUUUUCAUUACCGUCAGUGGGACAUUUUGCACAGGGACUCGGCAGAGAGAAAAUUCAUACACAUUUGCAUAACCAGCUAUAUAAAUUCAGACUAUUUUGUAUUUCAAACUUGUGUCAUUAUAACAAGCUUAAUCAGGCAGAUAUCUUGAGUAUAAUCUACAUGGCUACUGGUCAUUCAUGCAGUGCAAACAGAGUAAAGCACAGCACAGGAACUAUAUCUUAUUGAGACGGCUUUUGAUGUCUGCAAAAAGCAUUUUCUUUGCUGUGUUACAUUAAUGGUGCCAAGCAAAGAUAGUUUAUAAUGACAAGAAAAAAAAAAUCUUGUUAGUCUAGUGUUCAAGAAAACUGACUAAUAUGUAAACAAUUUUAUGAACAAAUACAUUUUUCAUUAAACCUGUGUGGUGUCUUAUAUCUACAAUCUUUUCUCGUUACAUUUGGACACUUUUCACAUCAAAAUAUGUCAUUUAAAAUAUGUCUGCUGCCACAAAAAAAACC